CAGGCAUGCCAGCUUCCAAGCUAAGAACCCCCGUGCAGUUUGCUGCCCCCAUUGUGGACAACAGUUCAAACCGAUCACUGAUUGUGUUGAUCUUACGGAGGACGACGAUGAAGAUGCCCCUACUCCUACUGCCGUCCCUACUUCUCGCCCCAACGAGCGCCGCAAACUAUCAUCAACGAUUAUUCCUACCAAUCGCUCGACUUCACUCCCCGCUGGUAUCGAAAAUGCCACGCUUGACGCAAUGGCUAGGCGUCAAGAAAGCAUUGCCAAUACGGGCCGCAAAGACCCAAUUGCUAUUGGGGUUCAAGCUACAUUCUGGGUUGGUGCUGGAGCCUAUGAAUAUAUUGGCGACAUUAAGACCAUUGAGUACAGCAGCGCGCCGAAAGCCGUACGGAAGUGCAUGGGCAAUGUUUCAGUUGUCCUCCAUCGCGACCACGGGACUCAUGAGGCGAUGGUGCGUUAUCUAGUCAAGCAACUAGAUCUAGAGCAGAGCAAGCAUGCGUGGGAAGUUGUCUUCUCCGUCGAGAAAGGUGGCAGCGCGCCUGGACCAGCACGACUGCCCGAAAGGGCUUACACAACUACUAGACUCUACGACCUCUUGCGCCAGACUUCUACCAACUUUGACAAGGACAUCAGGAGCUCUAAGGCUUCUCUGAGCUUCUGGCGUUUCUUUGAACUUGACCCUUUGGAGAUGCCACCAAAGCCUAGGACCAAGAGGGGUUACGAGAUCAUGUCGGAUGCUGACUCAGAGACAUACUCGCCAAGUCCCAAGAAGAAAAAGGCCACUCGCCCAAAGGCACGCCUUCCAGCUGUCAAAGAAGAGCGGACUGUGACUGUGAAGUCAGAAGCUAUUAAGCAGGAACCAACCACGCCUCUAUCGGCAAUAAAGGCGGCAAUCAAACAAGAGCGCAUCGUCGAAGACGAGCAUAUCGAGGAUGACGACCCCUUCCUCUCUGACGUUGAGAAUAAGACUAUGAAUGAGUUGUUGGCCGAGAUUGUUGUCGCUGGGGAUGAGGAGAUCAGGGUUGAAACAACCCCUUCAAAGAGACAAUCAUCUCGUGUAUCCAAGAAGUCAUGGAAGGUGCAGCAGGAUACAUAGGAAGGUGUACUGUUGUGGCGUUAGGAUCUCUUUAUUCUUGUAAUUUUAGAUACGGG